ACUUCAACCCCCCCACCCCACGCCAGUGAUUCGAUUGAUUGGAGAGUAGGCCGAAAUUGAGAAUGGCUUUUUUCGUAGCUCUCCGAUCGCGCCUUGUGCCAAGGUUACUAAAGCUUAGGUGUCUUCGUACUUCAAGGCUACUUUCUACGGAAGCAGCUUCUUCAUCCAAGGCGGCUCCAGGACUCUCGCACUCGCUCUUGUCUGAUCUUCAUCAUCAGCUUCCUCGUCCUGAGGCGGCGCUGGCAAAGGAGCGGAAAGGUCUAAAGUUUCUUAGCAAUGUAUUCAUCUGGGCUCUCACAGGUGCUACAGCUGCUGUUGGUUACACAAGCUAUGCUUACACAUUAGAUGAAGUGAAUCAGAAGACCAAGGCCUUCCGAGAAUCUGCUUUCAAGACGACUCAACAACCAUCUCUUCAUUCUUCCGGCAUUCAUAAAUAUCAGGCAAUGCUCUACUCUGCUGCCUUCAAAGUUCCUGCCCGAGCCAUUGAUAUGUAUUUGGAGCUUAGGGAAGCUGUGGAGGAACAAGUUAAAGGCUUCGCAGAACCUCUCUCUGAAAAGCUUCUUCCAGAUAUGCAUCCCGCAGAACAGAAUGUAAUCCACACUCUCGUUCUUGAUUUGAAUGAGACUCUGCUUUACACUGACUGGAAGCGAGAGAGAGGGUGGAGGACGUUCAAAAGACCAGGUGUGGAUGCAUUCUUGGAGCACCUUUCCAAAUUCUAUGAGAUUGUCCUCUAUUCUGACCAGAUGGAUGCGUAUGUAUUGCCCGUCUGUGAGAAGUUAGACCCAAAUUACUACAUACGUUAUAGGCUAGCCAGAAACGCUACUAAAUAUGAGAAUGGAAAGCGCUACCGGGAUCUGUCAAAGCUGAACAGGGACCCCAAGAGGAUUCUUUAUAUUAGCGGCAAUGCUUUUGAUACAAGCCUUCAGCCAGAGAAUUGUGUGCCUAUCAAGCCUUACAAACUCGAAUCUGAUGACACUGCCCUUGUCGACCUAAUACCCUUCCUUGAAUAUGUUGCUCGUAACAAUCCAGCUGAUAUCAGACCGGUUCUAGCCUCUUAUGAGAGAAAAGAUGUUGCCAAAGAGUUCCUUGAGAGGUCCAUUGAGUAUCAAAAGCGAAUGCAAGGACAGAGACAAGGCCGACUCUGGAGGCGUUAGAAGGAUCAUUAAACAUUUUAUGUAUAGUUAGAGACGAUUAUAUCCUCUUUGAUUCAUUACACCAUAAAAACAGCGAAUAGAAGCUACUGUUCUUCGCUUAGGGGUAAUCUUACAACUACAAAUCGUGUCUUCCUCAUGAAAAUGUUAUGUUUUUUACCCUUUUUUUUUUACCUCUUGUGACCUU